CAUCACGGUCACACUGGCGGAUUUGUUUUUAUUUUUGUCGCCAUGCAAAGUAAACACCGCAAACUGCUGCUGCGCUGCCUCCUGGUGCUGCCCCUCAUCCUCCUGGUGGACUACUGCGGCCUGCUGACCCACCUGCACGAGCUGGACUUCGAGCGGCACUUCCACUACCCGCUGGACGAUGGUACUGGAUCUGGGUCCGCAUCCUCUGGCCUGGACAAGUUCGCCUACCUGCGAGUGCCCUCGUUCACGGCGGAGGUGACGGUUGACCAGCCUGCGCGGCUCACGCUGCUCAUCAAGAGCGCCGUGGGCAAUUCGCGGCGGCGGGAGGCCAUUCGCCGGACUUGGGGCUACGAGGGUCGAUUCUCAGACGUCCACCUGCGUCGCGUGUUCCUGCUGGGCACGGCCGAGGAUAGCGAAAAAGACGUGGCUUGGGAGUCCCGCGAGCAUGGCGACAUUCUGCAGGCGGACUUCACGGACGCCUACUUUAACAACACGCUGAAAACUAUGCUGGGAAUGCGCUGGGCUAGCGAGCAGUUCAAUCGCAGCGAGUUCUAUCUUUUCGUGGACGACGACUACUAUGUUUCGGCCAAGAACGUGCUCAAGUUUCUGGGCAGGGGGCGUCGGAGCCACCAGCCGGAGUUGCUGUUCGCCGGGCACGUGUUUCAGACAUCGCCGCUCCGCCACAAGUUCAGCAAGUGGUACGUUUCGCUGGAGGAAUAUCCCUUCGAUCGGUGGCCACCGUACGUGACCGCCGGCGCGUUCAUGCUGUCCCAGAAGGCACUGCGCCAGUUGUAUGCUGCCAGCGUUCACCUGCCGCUCUUCCGGUUCGACGACGUCUACCUGGGCAUCGUGGCCUUGAAAGCUGGCAUUUCCCUUCAGCACUGCGACGACUUCCGCUUCCAUCGGCCGUCGUACAAGGGUCCGGACAGCUAUAGUUCGGUGAUAGCCUCGCAUGAGUUCGGCGAUCCCGAGGAGAUGACGCGGGUGUGGAACGAGUGCCGAUCCGCCAACUACGCGUAGCAGCAAGAACAGGCUGCACUGAAAAGCGCUGCAGAUUGUACAUAUAUACGAACGAGACAGCACCUAAACAACAGCCUUAUAAAGUGUAUUAGGAGCAGUGGAUGAUACCUCAACCGUUCAGUGAGACUUUAAACCAAGCAGCUGGUGCUAAUAGUGCAAGAUCGCAAGAGUAAUUCAUUCUAAUUGUAAGCGUAAUGAUAAAGCAGUUGAUUCAAUUCAUAUUUAUAGAGAUUA